AACAUUGUUCCCUUGUUGUUAUGGCAACAGCUGCUUCUCAGGAUUCCGAAAAAUGGCGGUCAAUCCUCUUGCCAACCCAAAAGGGAUAAAGCUUCUUUGUGAGCUUUGUCAAAAGCCUGCACUUAUCCAAUGCACCAAAUGCAGACUCACUUACUAUUGCGGCGCGGAACAUCAGAAUAUCGACUGGAUAGGAAUUCACGAGAAGGUUUGUCAGUUGCUUAUUCCUUUGCGUACACCAAUACCGUUUGCCAGUGGCUCAGAAGAGGAAAGGAAACAUCGAAAAGAACAACAGAAAGUUCGGCAGAAACAAAUGAUUGAACUAACAAGGACAGUUGGACAAAAGCUGUUGUUCGAAGGAAAAUAUGAAUACGCUAUUCCAGCGGCGAUGCAGUCACUGAAGUUCUCCAUUGAUGUUUAUGGCUUAGCAAGCAUUGAACUUGUUCCAUCAUACUUGAUUCUUGGCGAAGCAUGCAUAGGUCUGGGGCGGCUUCCGCAAGCAGAAGAAUAUCUUUCACAAGCACAAUGGACUGUGCUUAAGACACCGACCUGCAGCAAUGCCAUCAAAUCUCGCCUUUACAGAAACAUUGGUUUGUUGUAUGCAACACAAGGCAAUUCUAAAGAGGCCCUCAGACAAUUCGCAGACGAUAUAUACCAUUCAUCAUUGGAGUUUGGGACAAACAAUAUUAGUACUUCUGGUGGAUAUUUUCACAUGGCAAACGUGUUUUUCAGACAAAAUAAACUUGAUGUCGCGUUUUCUCUCUACUCCCAGGUUACAGAAAUCUGGUUUGAUCAUUUGAAUAAUCUUGUUGAUCAGCGAAUACAAGAGCCGCCUCCUCCGUCUGGUAUUGGGCCUGCUCAAAUUGCCAGCGAGAAAGUCGAAUUUGAUCAUCUAGAUGAGGCACAAGAAGCAGAGGUGGUACAAGUUCUGGGUGCCAUCUUGGAGCUGAGGGAGAAUCAGGCCGUUCAAACGCCGAGUACUAUGUGCAGCAUAUAUUUUACUACAGCGAUGAUGCAUCUGGUGCUGAAUAACUUCGAGAAGGCACGAAUUUUUGGAACAAAAGCGCUCGAAUCUUCUCAAGCGGGUGUCACAAUCGAAGAAUCAAUGAAAAACAGAAUAGAAGAAUUUUUGAAAGCAGUAGAUCGUUUGUUGUAGUUUUUGUCUUCAUCCUUAUUGAUGUAAAUAUAUAUUUAUCACAUGCCCUUC